CUGGCCCAGGCUACGGCGGCUGCAGGGUCUGGCAACCGCUCCGGCAACGCCACCCGCUCCGCUGCGCGCAGGCUGGGCUGCAGGCUCUCGGCUGCAGCGUUGGGUGAGUGCUGGGGACCCGGGGCCACCGCGGCGUAAGUGACCUUGGCGGGGACGGUGCUACCCGGCCGCCGAGACGGUUUCGUCUGCGCCCCCAGUCGGGCCCAGGCGCGGCCCCGCGGCGUCCCUGGGGGCCGGCGGGGAGCCGGGACCCUCAGGACUGUCCCUGACGGGCGGGCUGGGGUGGGAGUCCGCGCGCUCCGAAGCGUCGGCGAGAAAAGCAGAAAACAGCCCCGCCCGCCAGCCCUCUCUCCUCCGCUCCCCUCCCCGGGCUGUGCGCCGGACCCCGGCCCUCGGAGCGGGGACACGGCCAGGACCGCCGAGGGAGGCGCCUGCGAGGAAGAGCUCGGCCGAGUCCGGAGGCUGCUGCCUGGGACCGCGCUCCCAGCGCCUGGGCCUCGGUGUCUCCGGGCCAAACUGCCGACAUAAUCGCAUCUGCCGGCAUCUAUUUUCGGUUUAUUUCCCCGUCAUUGCAAAGGAUUUGCCUGGCCAACUUUCUGCGCAAGAUCCCACGCAAUUCCUGGGACCCCAGAAGACAGGUCCUGUUGAAGAACAGGGAUCUGGCACUGGGUGGGCUGGGGAGGAACCCGCACGGUGUUGAAUCCAUAAACAGGAAGAGAAACCAAGCAGCGAAACCAAGAGGCGAAUGGGCGAUUGGAUGCCGGUGGGGAGAAGGCCGGGGGCGCACCCUGCUCCUGGACUCCAGUAAAGGGAAGCCGGGUAGAGUCCCUGGGGCGCCACCUCCCCCUCGGCUGGUGUGCAGUGGUGCGACCACGGCUCACGGCAGCCUCAGCCACCCAGACGUAAGCGAUCUGGUUCCCACCUCAGCCUCCCGAGUAGAUACUUCUGAAAAUAGAAAUGAUGACUCUGGGACGCAAACGUUGGCUAUCCUGUGUAUAAGGAGAUGGCUUUUCACGCUCCCAGUGACUGAGGAAGUUUCUCCCAGAUGGCGCUGCUCUGAGCCUGGUGCAGGGUGUCUUCAGGCCUAUGGAGAGCAGCUUGCCUGGGCUGGGCCUGCAGUACCUGGUUUGCAUAGAUGAUUGGCAGCACGCUGGCGGCCCCUUGAGCCCCAACCUGGAUACCAUAGGGGAGGAGCAGAGAAGCCAGGAACACCACAGCCCUGGGCCAAGGUGGAUCUAGGAUCCGGCUUCCAACAUGUGGCAGCUCUGGGCCUCCCUAUGCUGCCUGCUGGUGUUGGCCAAUGCCCGGAGCAGGCCCUCUUUCCAUCCCCUGUCGGAUGAGCUGGUCAACUACGUCAACAAACGGAACACCACGUGGCAGGCCGGGCACAACUUCUACAACGUGGACAUGAGCUACUUGAAGAGGCUGUGUGGUACCUUCCUGGGUGGGCCCAAGCCACCCCAGAGAGUUAUGUUUACCGAGGACCUGAAGCUGCCUGAAAGCUUCGAUGCACGGGAACAAUGGCCACAGUGUCCCACCAUCAAAGAGAUCAGAGACCAGGGCUCCUGUGGCUCCUGCUGGGCCUUCGGGGCUGUGGAAGCCAUCUCUGACCGGAUCUGCAUCCACACCAAUGCGCACGUCAGCGUGGAGGUGUCGGCGGAGGACCUGCUCACCUGCUGUGGCAGCAUGUGUGGGGACGGCUGUAAUGGUGGCUAUCCUGCUGAAGCUUGGAACUUCUGGACAAGAAAAGGCCUGGUUUCUGGUGGCCUCUAUGAAUCCCAUGUAGGGUGCAGACCGUACUCCAUCCCUCCCUGUGAGCACCACGUCAACGGCUCCCGGCCCCCAUGCACGGGGGAGGGAGACACCCCCAAGUGUAGCAAGAUCUGUGAGCCUGGCUACAGCCCGACCUACAAACAGGACAAGCACUACGGAUACAAUUCCUACAGCGUCUCCAAUAGCGAGAAGGACAUCAUGGCCGAGAUCUACAAAAACGGCCCCGUGGAGGGAGCUUUCUCUGUGUAUUCGGACUUCCUGCUGUACAAGUCAGGAGUGUACCAACACGUCACCGGAGAGAUGAUGGGCGGCCAUGCCAUCCGCAUCCUGGGCUGGGGAGUGGAGAAUGGCACACCCUACUGGCUGGUUGCCAACUCCUGGAACACUGACUGGGGUGACAAUGGCUUCUUUAAAAUACUCAGAGGACAGGAUCACUGUGGCAUCGAAUCAGAAGUGGUGGCUGGAAUUCCACGCACCGAUCAGUACUGGGAAAAGAUCUAAUCUGCCUUGGGCCUGUCGUGCCAGUCCUGGGGGCGAGAUGGGGGUAGAAAUGCAUUUUAUUCUUUGAAUUCACGUAAGAUAGAAGUUUUAGACAGGGUCUGAAGGACUAGAUUGGCCAAACAUCAGACCUGUCUUCCAAGGAGACCAAGUCCUGGCUACAUCCCAGCCUGUGGUUACAGUGCAGACAGGCCAUGUGAGCCACCGCUGCCAGCACAGGGCGUCCUUCCCCUUGUAGACUAGUGCCGUAGGGAGUGCCUGCUGCCCCAGCUGACUGUGGCCCCCUCCGUGAUCCAUCCAUCACCAGGGAGCAAGACAGAGACCCAGGAAUGGAAAGCGGAGUUCCUAACAGGAUGAAAGUUCCCCCAUCAGUUCCCCCAGUACCUCCAAGCAAGUAGCUUUCCACAUUUGUCACAAAAAUCAGAGGAGAGAUGGUGUUGGGAGCCCUUUGGAGAACGCCAGUCUCCCAGGCCCCCUGCAUCUGUCGAGUUUGCAAUGUCACAACCUCUUUGAUCUUGUGCUCAGCAUGAUUCUUUAAUAGAAGUUUUAUUUUUUCGUGCACUCUGCUAAUCAUGUGGGUGAGCCAGUGGAACAGCUGGGCGACCUGUGCUAGUUUUACAGAUUGCCUCCUAAUGACGCGGCUCAAAAGGAAACCAAGUGGUCAGGAGUUGUUUCUGACCCACUGAUCUCUACUACCACAAGGAAAAUAGUUUAGGAGAAACCAGCUUUUACUGUUUUUUAAAAAUUACAGCUUCACCCUGUCAAGUUAACAAGGAAUGCCUGUGCCAAUAAAAGGUUUCUCCAACUUGAA